AUGAUCACACGUGUCGGCGACGUCGAAUCGCCCAGAAGAGGGAGCCCCAGUGAAGUAUUCUCUUCCGAUAUCAAUCACAUUCACAGAAAUCGAAAGGAAGAAAAGAAGGGAUGCUCAAAAUGGACCACUAUAGCACUGGGAGUGAUCGCCAUCAUUUUCCUUCUGACUACGAUUGCUCUAGCUAUCGUUGUCGGUAUCAAAUACAGUGAAGACGACAAACUGACGUCCGAGGCGAUUAUUCAAAGAGACGAAACUGGAAAAGCUCAAUUCGACUGGCCUACACCUUCUGGAAGUCUCUUUGCUCAUUACAAAAAGGCAGCUGUUACUUCUGAUCAUGGACUCUGCUCUGAAAUCGGAAGAGAUGUUCUGAUUGAGGGUGGAAACGCUGUUGAUGCUAUGAUCGCAUCUCUUCUCUGCAUCGGAACUGUUAAUCCACAAUCAUCUGGAAUUGGAGGAGGAUUCGUGAUGACACUUUACAAUGCGUCUACUGGAAUGUGCCAAACUAUCAAUGCUCGCGAAACUGCUCCGGCUGCUGCUACCGAGACAAUGUUUGUUGAGAAUCCAAAGGAAUCUGUGAUGGGAUACAAAUCCAUUGCCACCCCAUCAGAACUUCACGGCUUCUGGACUGUCUUCAACUUGUAUGGAUCUGGAAAAAUCACCUGGGCUCGUCUGUUCCAACCAUCGAUCACUUUGGCUCAUGAUGGCUUCCCAGUUUCUUCAAAUCUUGCAAUGGUUUUGGCAGAUAAGGAAAAAUAUAUUCGGGAAGAAGAAACCAUGAAAGACAUCUUUGUGAAUCCAAAAACAAAUCGUGUCUACGAAGAAGGAGACAUUCUGAAGCGUCAACGACUCGCCAGCACCUACGCUCUUCUCGCUAAUGCCACUGAUCCGGUUGAGCUGUUUUAUAAGGGAGGAAUGGCUCAAACGAUUGCCGGAGAAAUCACUAAUAACGGGGGAUUUGUGAACGAAUCGGAUUUGGCGAGCUACGAAACUCUCAUCGACGAUGCUCCACUUCUCAGCACUCAUUUGCCAGGCGACUACGAAAUGUGUGGACCACCACCACCAUCAUCCUUCGUUAUCACUCAAAGUAUUAUUCAAGUUAUGGCUCAGUUCUACAAGGACGGACAAGUUGAUCUGGAUGAUCCUCUCGUCUAUCACAGACUAAUCGAGGCUGAGAAAUUCGCCUACGCACAGAGAACUAAGCUUGGAGAUAUCAAGUUCGUAGAAUCAGCAAGAGCUUUGGUUGAUGAUAUGAUGACUGAGGAACACACAAAAAAGAUUGCUGCACUGAUCAAAGACACCGCCCAACCAUUGGACUAUUACGGAGGAGAUAAGAAAGAUAUGGCUCCUGAUCACGGAACAUCCCAUGUCUCGAUCAUUGACUCUCAUGGAAAUGCUGUUUCUUGCACAUCCACUGUGAACCAAAUUCUUGGAUCAAUGCGUGCUUCUCCAACUCUAGGAAUCGUCUGGAACGAUCAGAUGGACGACUUCUCAACACCUGGCCAGAAGAAUUCCUUCGGAUAUGCUCCAUCGGAAACCAACUUCAUCGUACCUGGAAAACGGCCGAUGAGCUCAAUGAGUCCAAUGAUCAUUUACAACAAAAAUGAAAAUCGAGUUGAAAUGGUUGCUGGAGCAUCUGGAGGAUCUUACAUCAUCUCAUCAACAGCUCAAACUGUGAUCCGCACUCUUCUCUUCAAUCAAACUGUCAAAGCGGCGAUUGAUGCCCCAAGAUUCCAUAACCAGUACCUUCCAGAAGCUACAGAAACCGAGGAAGCCAUGCCAAAAGCAUUGAGAGAUGUUCUUGUUGAGCAAUACAAGCAGAAUUUCACAGUGGUCCCACGACAGAAAUCAGUUGUUCAGGGUCUCAUUUCGAUUGAAGGUAAUUCAUUGAAGAUCCUGAUUGAAAUUAUCAAAAAACUUGUAGGCUUCGUCGAGGGCAACAGCGAUUUCCGGCGGAAAACUGCCACAUAUCCAGCUGGUUACUGA